AUGUGUGACUGGCUCUUCGAGUCCAAGGAGGAGAAGGCGGCCAAGGCCAAGGAACUGCGGAAGAAUGUGGAGAUGACGGAGCACAGCGAGGACCUCGAGCCGCUCCUCGCCAAGCUCAAGACGAACGCGUCGACCGGCAUGACGACGGAGCAGGCCCAGGCGGCCUUCGCCCAGUACGGCCCCAACGAGCUGACGCCCCCGCCGACGACGCCCUGGUACAUCAAGUUCAUCGAGGAGAUGACCGGGUUCUUCUCGCUGCUGCUCUGGGGCGCGUCGGCCGCGUGCUUCGUGUCCUACAGCCUCAAGCCCGACGUCGAGAACCUCUACCUGGGCAUCGUCCUCGCGGCCGUCGUCUGGGUCACGGGCUGCUUCAGUUACCUCCAGAACCGCAAGUCGGACAACAUGAUGGCCGAGUUCAAGGCCAUGCGGCCGCCCAAGGUCAAGGUCGUGCGCAACGGCGAGCCCCUGACCAUCGACCCGGCCCUCGUCACCGUCGGCGACAUCGUGCUCCUCGAGCAGGGCGACCUCGUGCCCGCGGACCUCCGCGUCUUGGAGUGCUCGCCGAACAUGUGCGUGGACAACUCGUCGCUCACGGGCGAGUCCGAGCCCCAGAAGCGCAAGGCCGAGUGCACCCACGAGGACGUCCUCGAGACGGCGAACCUCUGCUUCUUCGGCACGCAGGUGCCCGAGGGGUCGUGCCGCGGCCUCGUCGUCAAGAUCGCCGACGACACGGUCAUCGGCCGCAUCGCCAAGCUCGCGCUGUCCACGGAGGCGGAGCAGACGCCCAUCAACAAGGAGAUCCACCGCUUCAUCCUCAUCAUCUCGGCCAUCGCCAUCAUCCUCGGCGUGUCCUUCUUCUGCGCGUCGCUCGCCAUGGGCCAGGACGAGAUCGCGUCGCUCGUCUUCAUGAUCGGCAUCAUCGUCGCCAACGUGCCCGAGGGGCUGCUGGCGACGGUGACCGUGUGCCUCACGCUGACGGCGAAGCGCAUGUACACGAAGAAGGUCAUGGUCAAGAACUUGGAGGGCGUCGAGACGCUGGGGUCGACGUCGUGCAUCUGCUCCGACAAGACGGGCACGCUCACGCAGAACAUCAUGACCGUCGCCCAGUGCGUCUACAGCGACAAGAACAGCGCGCCGUCCAUCCAGGACUGCGGGAGCUCCUUCACCAAGGGCGUCAAGACCUACGACGGCGACUCGCCGUCGUUCCAGAGCCUCCUCACGUGCUCGACGCUCUGCAACACGUGCUACUUCGAGAAGUACUGGGAGGACGAGGACACGGGCAAGCGCGUGCUCCUGCCCUUCUCCAAGGUGCGGACCCAGGGCGACGGGUCGACCAUCGUCGAGAUCCAGUGGAAGCCCAUCGGCAACGCGUCCGAGGGCGCGAUGAUCAAGUUCGCGCACCCGACGCUCAACGAGACCAUGGGCAUCAAGGACAUCGAGGACAUGCGCCGGGCCAACGCCAAGGUCUUCGACAUCCCCUUCAACUCGAAGAACAAGUACCAGGUCCACGUGCACUGCACGUCGCCCGACGCGUCCACCGACAAGAACGACCGCAUCGUCUACAUGAAGGGCGCGCCCGAGCGCGUGCUCAUCCGCUGCACGGAGUACAUGGCCGGCGACGGCUCCAUCGUGCCCAUGACGCCCGAGCUCGCCGCGCAGAUCGAGGAGUCGCAGAUGGCCAUGGGCAACAACGGGCUCCGCGUCCUCGGCUUCGCGAUGAAGAAAUUACCGUUUGCCAAGUACGGCGCGGACUACCCCUUCUCCGACGGCCGCGAGGAGGGCUGCUCCACGGCGAACUUCCCCCUGGGCGAGUUCAAGGCCAUCGAGACCUUCGAGCAGGCGAAGAAGGACGGCGUCGAAUUGAAGGACGACAAGGGCAAGAAGGUCCUGCCGCCCCACCCGCUGUCCGGCGAGGGCCUCAUCUUCCUCGGGCUGAUGGCCCUCGUGGACCCGCCGCGCGAGGCCGUGCCGGGCGCGGUGGCCAAGUGCAAGACCGCGGGCAUCAAGGUCAUCAUGGUCACGGGCGACCACCCGGGCACGGCCAAGGCCAUCGCCUACAAGGUCGGCAUCCUCUGGUCCCCGACGAAGGACGACAUCGAGAAGCAGAACAAGGACAACGGGCUGUCGCCGGGCGACGUGGGCUACCAGGACCCCGCGGACGCGCUCGCGAUCGUCUGCCCGGGCUGGGAGUUCUCCGACGACAUGGGCGACGACAAGUGGGACGCGAUCUUGGCCCACCCCCAGAUCGUCUUCGCGCGCACGUCGCCCCAGCAGAAGCUCGUCAUCGUCUCCAACUGCCAGCGCCUCGGCCACGUCGUCGCCGUCACGGGCGACGGCGUCAACGACUCGCCCGCGCUCAAGAAGGCGGACAUCGGCAUCGCCAUGGGCAUCGCGGGCACGCCCGUGACGAAGAACGCGGCGGACAUGAUCCUCCUCGACGACAACUUCGCGUCCAUCGUCGCGGGCGUCGAGGAGGGCCGCCUCAUCUUCGACAACCUCAAGAAGAGCAUCUGCUACACGUUGACGUCGAACAUCCCCGAGAUCUCGCCCUUCCUCUGCUGGAUCACCAUGAACACGCCCAUGCCCCUGUCCACGGUGCUCAUCCUCGCCAUCGACCUGGGCACGGACAUGGUGCCGGCCAUCUCCAUGGCCUACGAGGACGCCGAGGCCGACAUCAUGAAGCGGCCGCCGCGCAACGCCGCGACGGACCACCUGGUGACGUCGAAAUUGAUCUGCCUCGCCUACCUCCAGAUUGGGGUCAUGCAGGCCAUGGCGGGCUUCUACGCCUGGAUGCUGGUCUUGAACGACUACGGCUUCCCGCCGACGAUCCUCCUCGGCAACCCGUCGGGCGCGGGCCUCUUCUUCGGCGAGCAGACCAUGUACUGCAAGUUCAACGGCGGCCAGUACGUCAACGGCGAGGGCGAGAUCGACCCGGCGAACCCCGACCCGACGGUCUCCGGCCCGAACCGCAACUACCCCAUGUGGGACCGCGGCGACGGCGGCUACAUCAAGGCGUGCACGUACCCCGCGAAGAACUUCCAGGGCGGCUUCAAGGCGCCGACGGAGAACUUCUACUACGAGUACGCCGCGACCUACACGGAGAAGACGAACACGUUCCAGCAGCCGACCAUCGAGUCCAUCUGGGCGCUCAACGACAAGGGCUUCUUCGAGUACACGCCGUGGCGCGGCCGCCUGAGCCCCUUCUGGGACAAGAAGUGGGUGUCCUUCAACAUCCACAACUCGGAGUACAAGAUCGCCAAGGCCAAGGCCGGCGCCUUCGGCUUCCAGGGCGCGCGCGACUCCGCGGUCUUCCAGUACCAGCCCGCGGGCGUCUGGUCCAUCUGCCUCGGCAACGACGGCGACCUCGACAAGAAGACGCGCCGCAACGGCAUGAUCGAGCUCGAGCUCAUCAAGGAGUCCUACGAGGGCUUCGACCUGGCGGACGCCGCGUCCACGCACGGCCACACGAUGUUCCAGCACGCGACGUUCUGCAACGGCCAGUACAAGGCCAACGGCGACCCCGAGGUCCCGGGCUGCGACGCCCUCGACGACGAGACGCCGAACCUCCAGUACUGCCAGGGCGGCUGCGGCCUGGACUGCACGGAGGUCUUCGGCGCGGACCGGAACGCCGACGGCGUCGUCCAGUGCCAGAACAUCGCGUCGCGCAUGAUCCAGAAGAAGGCGCUCAUGCACGCCCAGGCGGCCUACUGGGUGUCCAUCGUCGUCGUCCAGUGGGCGGACCUGCUCAUCUGCAAGACGCGCUGGCUCUCAAUCCGCCAGCAGGGCCUCCGCAACUCCGUGCUCAACUUCGGCCUCUUCUUCGAGACGUUGUUGGCGGCCUGGCUCUGCUACGGCGGCAUCUUCGAGGUCCUCGGCACGCAGCCCAUCCGCUUCACGCACUGGAUGCCGGGCAUCCCCUGGUCCAUGAUGAUCUUCAUGUACGACGAGACGCGCAAGUACCUCAUGCGCGCGACGAGCCCCGAGGUCGCGGACCCCAUCACGGGCGCCAUCAAGCGCCAGGCCGGCUGGGUCGAGAAGGCGACCUACUACUAGGCCGAAGCUCCAAGACCCAAGUGCCACGACCUCGACGAGCGUCCGGCACACCCUCCCCCCCGCGACGCGCGCCGCGGCCCACCUCGCCCGGCUUUCGCGCCGCCAGGACCCCGCCCCCCCCCCCCCCCCACACACACGCGCGCGACACGACCGCGGGCAACGCCCGCGGCCGGUGCCCCUUUAACCGCUGCGCAGCC